CGCGGAGCAGAGUAGAAACUCAUUAUAUAAUAGAGAUGUUGUCUGUGGCCGCUGGAAGUGGUUCGCCGUUGUCUGGGUCUCUCAGAAAUAAUGCAUUAUCAUUGUGGAUCACUGUGACCGUCCGUUACCUAACCAAAAGAUAUAUAGGUGAAUAUAGUUCAACGAGUGAUUUCCUAUACAGACAUAAUGUGACAUUUGACAAUGUUACGACGGAAGUGGAAAUACUGGACACGUCGAAGUGUGCU